AUGUCACGAAAGAAGGACGCCGCACCGUCUGGCAGUUGCCCCAGAGCGAAAGUCGCGAGGUUAGAUUCAUAUUGUGGUUUAUCCGAAAGCGAAGUGCGUAGCAUUUGUACUAUAAACAAUGUGUAUUUUUCUUCUGAUAGUGAAGAAGAGCCGUUUCCUGGUAGUGAUAGCGAGUAUAAACCGAGCUCUUCGGAUGAAAGUGAGUCUUUUGAAGAAGGUCCAGAAUCUGACCAGGAAGUGAGUAUCACAAACGAGACUGAAGCACCCCAAGGUGAGAUUCCAACACCCGAGGUUGUAGUCGGUCACGAAGAUUUACAGAUUUUGUGGACAAAACAUGAUUUUAUUCCAGUAGUUCAUGAAUUCGACAGUAGCAAUAGCGGAAUAACCGAUAAGUCUUUACAUGGAAAAAGGGAGAUAGAAUUCUUUUUACAACUUUUUACCGAAGAUAUUGCUACUACCAUUAUUGAGGAAACAAACAGGUAUGCAGUUCAGCAGAAUGCACCACAAUGGACAGCUAUUGACUUGAACGAAUUUUUCGUGUUUAUUGGUAUAACGAUGCUGAUGACAAGAAAUAAAAAACUUACUAUCAAGGAGUUUUGGUCCAGGGACGAGCUGCUACAUUCCCCUAUUUUCGGAAAAAAAAUGUCAAGGGACAGAUACCUGCAAAUUCAAAGGUAUUUACACUUUUGCGACAAUGAGAAUGCUUCCGCUAAUAAUCGUCUCUAUAAAGUCGACCAUAUUCUAUUGCGAAUAAAGGAGAGGUUUCAAACACAAUUUCGGCCAUUUCAGGACCUUGUUAUCGAUGAAAGCUUAAUACUUUUUAAAGGCAGAUUAAGCUUUAAGCAGUUUAUAAAAAGUAAAAGACGCCGUUUUGGAGUUAAGUUAUUUGUUUUAUGCGACUGCGAAACAGGAAUAGUAUUGGACUUCAUAGUAUAUUUGGGAAAAGCUACAAGUGAAAAUUUGGGACCCAAUGAAGACCUCGGUAUAUCCGGAGCUGUUGUAACGAAGCUCAUGGAUCAAUAUCUUAACAAAGGACACUCGCUAUUUACAGAUAACUACUAUAGUAGUCCUGCCUUGUCAACUUUUCUUUUUAAAAGUAACACUAACUCUUGUGGAACUGUCCGGCCACAUAGAAAACAUAUGCCAAAGUUCACCGGCAAACUAAAUAAAGGAGAUGUUGAAUGGUAUUCCAGUGCUAAUCUAUUGGUAAUAAAAUGGAAAGAUCGUCGAGAUGUUCAUAUGAUAACCACUAUGCAUGCAAACGAAAUUGAAGUUCUUCCCAAAGGAGACAGGAUCACUAAAGAAAACGUACGGAAGCCCAGAUGUGUAGUGGAGUAUAUUAAUAAAAUGGGAGCAGUCGACCGUACUGACAUAAUGAUUUCUAGUAUUGACAGUAUGCGUAAAAGCAUAAAAUGGUAUAAGAAGUUGUAUUUUCAUGUUAUGGAUGUUUGUUUACUUAAUGCCCACGCCAUGUUUUUGACCACAGAUGCUAGAAAAAUUCCAUUAGCGGCAUUUCAGUUAGAGAUCAUUCGUCAGUUAUUUGAGAGGUUUUCCACAAAUAAUCCAGUAACAAGGCCUGAUCUGAACCUUAAUUCUGCACGAUUAACCGAUAGGCACUUUCCGAUGUGCGUUCCAGGCACAGAAAAGAACAAGAAUCCUUCCAGACGAUGUCUGGUUUGUUCCCAUACGAAAAAACGAGAAAGAAAAAGGAAAGACACUAGGUAUAUGUGCAAGGACUGCAAUAUUGGACUUUGCAUUAUACCUUGCUUUCAAAUUUACCACACCCAAGCUAACUUUUAA